AUGUUUCAUCUUUUAGUUAUUAAGGAAAAUAAUCAGGAUGUAAUUGAACGUUUUGACAAUAUCGAAAAGUUGAUAAAAAGUCAGCAAAAAUCCGAGACAGCCAUUUCCAUGUCUGGCAUCAAGAGUAAAGACUGGAAUGCGAUUGAGAAAAGCAACCGGCCUCAAGCUA